CGGACUCAGGUAUCGCUUGAUCACCGAACAGCACGGUCGUGUUCGCGCUCUCUAGCCCCCCUUACUCCAUCCCGUGUGCCCAACGCCGAUCGCCGAGCGGUUUCGUUUUGUAUCGAUUCGAUUCGAUUCGUUCGUUCACCUGUUGCCGAUCGCUGUGUAUGAAAAUGUUUUAGCAAUACGAAUCUCUUGUGAAUUGUGCGUGUUCAGUGAUAUUUAGUGAUUAAGUGGCUAUAAAAAAGAACUCAAAAUGACGUGCCUCUCGGACAUAGACCUGGCCACCCUGCACCAGCACCGUCUGGAGGAACGGUUUAGCUACAAGUUAGCCUGGAGCGGCACUGGUCACCAUCAGACCCAGUACAAUGAUCUGCUGGUGCGACACAUUGCCUCACUAAAGCGCCAGAGGAUCAUUCAAAACAAGGCUAAUGUGGCCAGUACCAAGGCAAGAGAUCAGAAUACGGCUAACGAGAACUUGGCCAGCAGUCCGGGGAGCCAGCAGACCAAGUCCGAGGAGGAAACGGAUGAUGGUUACUUUGAUUCCACGACACGGCGUAGACGGAGCGGAACCUGGCCGCGCACCAGAAGUCUGAAUGCUCCGUCGCCCUUCCAGCAAUUUGGACCAUGUGGACGCAUUAUGAAAAACUCCGCCAUGGUGAUGCAGAUUCAGGAUCCGGCCAGUCAGCGCUUGACCUGGUACAAGCCACCACUUACCGUGCUGGUAAUCAAGAAGAAGGACUCGCAGGUUUUGCUACCAUUCGUUCAGCUAGUGGAAUGGCUGGUGCAAGAGAAGCACAUGGUCGUCUGGGUGGAGUCCGCCGUUCUAGAGGACAAGUUGCUGCGGGACGAUGUCAAGCUGGAGGCGGAGAGCGCAAAGUUCCGGCAAGUGCAUGGUGACUAUGCCGGAGUAAGGGCGCGAUUCCUGGCGCUGCGCGAUAUGCUGGUGACCUUCAAAGAUGGCCGCGAUGAUCUGACCGAUCGCAUUGACUUUAUUGUCUGCCUGGGUGGCGAUGGCACUUUGCUGUAUGCCUCCCAGCUAUUCCAACAGUCGGUGCCCCCAGUGAUGGCCUUUUACCUGGGUUCGCUUGGUUUUCUUACGCCCUUCCAGUGCGACAAUUUCCAAGAGCAGGUGACCAAUGUGCUGGAGGGUCAUGCAGCCCUCACUCUGCGCAGCCGCUUGUCUUGCUCCAUCCAUCGCAAGGGCGAGCGCCGCAAGGAGUCGUUGCUGGCCACGGCCAGUGGCAGCAAUCUGCUCAAGCCGAAUUUGCAUCGGCAACUCAAUCACAUGGACCUCAACAAUGGACCCAGUUGGUCCCUCAAGGCCAACAACAACAAUACCCCCAAUAACAGCAUCCUAGUGCUGAACGAGGUGGUGAUCAAUCGAGGACCUUCGCCGUAUUUGAGCAAUAUCGAUAUCUUCUUGGAUGGCAAGUAUAUCACCUCAGUCCAGGGCGAUGGCCUGAUUGUAUCGACGCCCACGGGGAGCACAGCGUAUGCGGCAGCAGCUGGUGCCUCCAUGAUCCAUCCCUCCGUGCCGGCUAUUCUUGUGACGCCCAUUUGCCCACACUCGCUGAGCUUCAGGCCAAUUGUCGUUCCCGCUGGAGUGGAGUUAAAGAUAUCAAUUUCACCUGAUAGCCGCAACACCUCACGCGUUUCCUUUGACGGACGCAACGACCAGGAGCUGAAUCACGGCGACAGCCUGAGAGUGACCACCUCUAUAUAUCCCGUGCCCAGCAUUUGCUCACAGGAUCAAAUCUCUGAUUGGUUCGACUCCCUUGCCGAGGGUCUGCACUGGAAUGUACGCAAGCGCCAGAAGUGCCUCGAUGAACUUUCGGACCUGACUACCUCCGGUUCAGAGGACCGGCUUGACGAGUUCGACAAUCUAAAGAUCGAAGCGUAGUAGUGCAAGUGUGCGCCCACAACCAAUCCAACCCAACUGACCCCCAAUUCGCAGUUUGUUAGCGUGGCCAAUUAGCCUAGUUGUAGUCCUAGUUAAUAGGGUUUGCUUGUGUGCAAUUUUUAUAGGCCUAGUAAUGUAGUGAAAAUACUCUGUUGUACAAUAUACACACACAUCAUGGAUCGCUUGGUUGAGUUACAAUGUUAAAUGUUAAUUGAAUGCGAUCGCAAUGUUUGUUUUUAAGCUAGACAAAUUCCGUUGUUGCUUGUGAACAAAAACCGAUUAGGCUUAGCUCUUAAGUUUCUAUUAUUGUAUAAUAUCUACAAUUAAUCGAGUCGAGUGUGCUAAGUACUUAAGCCGUCUCGCGUUAUCUGUACAAUUCGAUGGAGGUAAUAAAAACUGUAUUAUUUACUUAAA